CAGGCCGGGGCGGAGCCGGCUGCCACGGGCCUCGUCGGGAGCGCCGGGCGGCCUGGCCCGGCCAAUCCUCGCCCCGCCCGCUCAAGCCGGUGGGCGGGCAGCGGAGCGGCACCGCCUCCCCGCGCCUACGCCGUCACGGCGGGACGGGACCGCGGCUUGUCCGCCUUUCCCCGCCCCGCCGCUGCCAGCUGAGGUCGCCGGGUGCGGGUUCGCCAGGGCCGGGUGUCCUUCAUAGGUGGAGACUGUCUGACUUGUUCCCAUCGUGAAUGAUCUUGGCAGCGAAUCUACUCAGCCAUGUCGUACGGUGCGGGUUUUGGGGAUCCUAAUCAGCUAGCCCAACGCAUAACUUCUAACAUCCAGAAGAUCACGCAAUGCUCUGCUGAAAUACAAAGAAUACUACAUCAGCUUGGAACACCACAGGACACGCCUGAGUUGAGGCAACAGCUGCAGCAGAAGCAGCAAUACACCAACCAGCUUGCCAAAGAAACUGACAAACACAUUAAAGAAUUCGGAUCAUUGCCUGCAACAAGUGAACAGCGUCAAAGAAAAAUACAGAAAGACCGUCUUGUUGGGGAGUUCACCACAGCACUAACAAAUUUCCAAAGACUCCAAAGGCAAGCUGCUGAGAAAGAAAAAGACUUUGUAGCCAGAGUAAGAGCCAGCUCAAGGGUAUCUGGCGGUGCUCCUGAAGAUACCUACAAAGAAGGAACACUUGUCUCUUGGGAGAGUCAACCCCAGGCACAAGUGCAAGAUGAAGAAAUCACAGAAGAUGAUCUCCGUCUUAUUCAGGAGCGGGAAUCUUCCAUCAGGCAGCUUGAGGCAGAUAUUAUGGACAUCAAUGAAAUUUUUAAAGAUCUAGGAAUGAUGAUCCAUGAACAAGGUGAUGUGAUAGACAGCAUAGAAGCCAAUGUGGAAAAUGCAGAUGUACAUGUGCAGCAAGCAAACCAGCAGCUGUCAAGAGCAGCAGACUACCAGCAAAGAUCCCGAAAGAAGAUGUGCAUCCUCAUUGUUAUACUUGCUGUUGGAGUAUUUCUUCUUGGAAUCAUUAUAUGGUUAGCUACGAGUAAGUAGCGUUUCUCUGGAGAAAGCGUUGUAAUUGGUAUUUAAAUUAUGAAAGGAAAUUCCGAGUCAUGGUUUGUUCAUCAUGAAGCUGAAUUAAAAACAUAGUCCUGUACUUCAUCACACUCACUUUUUUUGUAAGACUUUUUGUUUUAGCAUGAGAAGUAACAUUCUCAGUACUACCAUCAGUAUAACUGCCUGCCCUCUUGGAUGUGGGUGCUGUCUUACCAGAAAAAAACGAAGUCAUAAACUGUUCCGUUAACUUAAACAUAAAAACCUCUUAAGGUUUAGGGGGCUGAUCAAAAUCCUGAUACUUUGUUUUGAUGGGGCAGGCAAUUAUCUUUUGGGAUAUUGCUAAAUGUUGCUGCCAAAACAAACUCCUGAAUUGUUGCUUGAGGCAACGAAUUCACGUCUCAGAAUUUAUUUUUAAGUUAGAAAUGUCUUUCUAGCUCACUUUCCAUCCUACUCACAUGCCCAUUUGAUAUGGGUGGUUCAAAAAUAAGAUGUAGGUUGCUGAAGUUGGUGUGAUAUCUCUUUUGUAACUGAAGCCUUUGAAUUAAACCUUCAGUUUGCCUGAAAUCUUUUAGAUGCUUUAUUUAUCUCUGUACCUGUCAUUGAGCAUGUUUAUGCCUGGAAGCCUCCUGCAAGGGUAGGUAGGGUGGAUGAUGUAAUCAUGUGGAUUUUUUGUUUCAGUUCUUGCAUUAAGAAAUAUUGUGGUUUAUGUGCACACGUCUGGUACCUUUGCAUCUGAAGUGUGCAUCAAUGAGCUUGGCUACAUGAAAAUAAACUCUGUGAAUUCUUAGGCUUACUGGGAAGAAUAGAAGUUCCCAGCUUCCUAACUGCACUUGAAUGUCACUGUUCUGAAACUGCUGUGAUUCGGUUUCUGUGAACAGAUCCAAAGUAGUAUGUGAGGUCUUUCAUACAGCUGAAGAAAAGCAGUUUACAAGUUCAAUUCCAAGUUCAAGAGUGGUAUUUGAAAUGAAGUUGAAAUCAAUUGAACUGAUUCAAACCAUUUAAGACAUUUGAUGCGUAUAGCCGUUAAAAUGUCCUUUUUCCUUUUGUGCCAUUUUGUACUAAUAUAUUUAAAAAUGUAACAACACUUUUAUGCCAAUUAACCUAUUUGCCUUUUUAAGUGAUCUUGAUGAACUAAUCUGAAAAGUGUACAGAAGAAAAAGUCACUUAAUCAGUAUUUUAUAAAGUUCUUGUACACCAGGCUGAUAGAGAAUGCACUGUUUACAUGGUGAGAUAUGAAAUAUUAUUUGGGAACAAUCUAACUGUAAGCAUAAAUGGACUUCAGAAUUGUAACCAUGAAGCCAAAAUAAAGGUCUUUUAAAGGGUA